CUAUGGUGUGUGGUGGCCGAUAAUAAUAGUGACAAUUUUGAAAUAUUUUCUAUUGCGUAUGAAAUAAACUGCAACCGCUACAGAAGCGUAGACGUACUCUGAUUCAUCACUGAAGAAAAAUGGCAUCCAUCAUCGCCGGCACCCCUACAACAUCGAUCUCUCGCACAGGUCUUGUACUCAAGCGACCUUUUGGGGUCUCAUCCUCCACCGUUCUUGGAUUGCCAGCAAUGGGUAGUAGGGCAGGGAAAGUGAGAUGCUCGAUGGAGGAAAAACCAUCCUUGCAGGAAAGCAGUUCAAAGGUGGGAAUGGGAACAUCCUUGCUAGCAGCUGCAUUCGCCGCAACCAUGUCAAGCCCAGCCAUGGCUUUGGUGGAUGAGAGACUUAGCACUGAAGGGACAGGGCUUCCCUUUGGGCUUAGCAACAACCUUCUUGGUUGGAUCCUGUUGGGUGUCUUUGCUCUUAUAUGGGCUCUCUUCUUUGUCUACACUUCCACUCUUGAAGAGGAUGAAGAGUCUGGAAUGUCCCUCUAAACACCGACUCAUUAUGCAUCGUAUAAAUUCCAAACACUCAUCUCCUCCUCUGUUGUAUUAAAAUUCUACUUGUGUAUUCAUCUUCAAUCUUCUCAAGUUAUUGAUUUCUC